AUGAUGAGACCCGGGGGAGGAACAAAUGGUGUGGCCAGUGGGCAGUUUGUUGGGGAGGGGGGUGCAGACUGCAUUGCAUUUAUUUCAUUAUAUAUUGGAAUACGGUUUUAUUCUUUUGCUUUCCUUUCCUAUGCAGUGACAGAGAGUCGCGGGGUUGUGGACAGCCUGCAGAGGUUUUCCUCGCUCCCUGCUUAUCUCCCCACGAGCUUCCACAUCUCCAACGCCGAGGAGUCCUUCUUCCUGAAAGAAGCCAACCAGGACCUCACGCGAAACUCCAGCCUGCAGGCCCGGGUGGAGUCGUUCUUCAUCCAUCGAGCCAGGAGCCCCCCUGUCAUCAAUGCCAGCUACGGCCCAUUUUCUGUUGAGAAGACAAUCCCUCCAGAGCUCAUGUUGACAUCUACACCCUUUGGAAACAUGGGGAAAUUUCCCUUCAACUGGAAGUUGAAAUCCCACAUCCUCGACAGCUCCAUCUACUCGAACAGACCCAAAGUGCAGACCUUGUUUUACGUCACUGGCAUGGGCUGGGAUGACAGCAACGCUGCAGAAAAUCUACCCUGUGUUAAGAUGUUUGCUUUCCCUGAGGCCAGGGAAGUGGCAGCCAGCUGUCGGCUGCAAGGGGCCCCGGGGUUGUGUGUGGCUGAGCUGGAGCUGCUGCCUGAGUGGUUCAGCUCUGGCCUGGACCUGGAGCCCGAAGAGGAGAUCCCAGGCCUGCUGGGGGGCACUGCGAUGGAGCUGUUCUUCUCGCUGUACCCAGCGGAUGCGGCUGGCCAGUGUCCCCUGGAGGAGGAAGGCAAGUGGGAGAACAACAUCCAUUCGGGCCAGGAGGGCCCCCAGCAGGCAUUUCCCGCCCGGGAGAGGAUCGGGAGUGUUGUGGUCUAUCCAACUCAAGAUGAUCUGAAGUGGUCCUUGGUGAACCUGGACAGGAACAUUGUCAUCUCUGUACCUCUGAACCUCGUCCGGGAAGGGGACACGGCCACUUUCUUGGUCUCUUUGACCAGUGGCUCUGUGGCAGAUCAUUUCACUCUUAGAAUUAAGGCAGCAGCAGGAGUGAAGAUAAUGACUGUGAGAAUCAGCAGCGAAGACCAGUGGGCAGUCCAGGAAGAGAUCGACAAUGGCAGCACCGAGACGACGGCCACCCUCACCUGCAUGGGCCAUCCCCCGGACACGCGGAGCAGAGCAAAUGGUUCCUUCUAUGAAAUCUUGCAAGUAGACUUUGGAAUUGACAACAGCAGUGGCCUGGCUGGGGCUCAGCAAAUUACCUGGCAGGUAGAGUACCCAGUCGAGGAUACCAUGAGUGAGCUGGUCGUCUCUGAGAUCUUCGUCAGCCAGACAACCUUUGUGGGCAUCGUCCCUCUUGCAAUGGACACGGAGCUUCUCAACACCGCCGUCCUCACCGGAAAGCCUGUCGCGGUUCCCGUCAGAGUCGUGGCGGUUCAGGAGGACGGGUCCGUGCUCGACGUGUCGGAGUCUGUGGAAUGCAAGUCUGCGGAUGAAGACGUCGUUAAGGUUUCCAACAACUGUGAUUCCAUUUUUGUGAAUGGGAAGGAAAUGAAGAGCAAGGUGGACACAAUUGUGAACUUCACCCACCAGCACUUCACCUCCCAGUUUGAGGUCACUGUGUGGGCACCCCGACUACCCCUGCAGAUUGAGAUCUCGGACACGGAGCUGAGUCAGAUCAAGGGCUGGAGGAUCCCAGUGGCCUCCAACAGAAGGCCUACCCGGGAGAGUGAUGAUGAGGAAGACGAGGAGAAGAAGGGACGAGGGUGCUCCCUGCAGUACCAGCACGCCGCGGUGCGCGUCCUCACCCAGUUUGUAGCCGAGUCGCCUGAUGCAGGUCAAAUGACCUACAUGCUGGGCCCCGACUGGCAGUUUGACAUCACCGACCUCGUGACCGAGUUCAUGAAGGUGGAGGAGCCGAAAAUUGCUCAGUUGCAAGAUGGCAGGACCCUUGCUGGUCAGGAGCCAGGAAUAACCACAGUACAGGUCCUCUCGCCUCUCUCUGACUCCAUUCUGGCUGAGAAGACAGUGAUUGUCCUGGAUGACCGAGUCACCAUUGCAGAACUGGGUGUGCAGCUUGUGGCUGGCUUAUCUCUUUCCCUGCAGCCUCACCGAGCAGACAAAAGGGCCAUUGUCUCAACAGCAGCUGCCCAGGAUGUUCUUCAAGCCCCACAACAGGAAGCAAUAGUCAGUUCUUGGAUAUUGUUCAGUGAUGGUUCAGUGACACCUCUAGACAUUUACGAUACCAAGGAUUUUUCAAUUACUGCCUCAUCAUUGGACGAAAUGGUGGUGUCUGUCCAGCCAAACCUUGAGUCCAGAUGGCCGGUUGUGAUUGCAGAAGGUGAAGGGCAAGGACCCUUGAUUAAGUUAGAAAUGAUGAUUAGUGAACCUUGUCAGAAGACCAAGAGGAAGAGUGUUCUUGCUGUGGGUAAAGGAAAUAUCAAGGUCAAAUUUGAACCAGGUAUUGAGCACCAAGGAGGCACCAAUGAUAUUGAGGGGAUAAAUCGGGAAUAUAAAGACCACCUCAGUAAUUCCAUAGAGCGUGAAGGGAACCAGGAGAGAGCAGUUCAGGAAUGGUUCCAGCAUGGCGCAUCAGUUGGCCAAGAGGAAAGUACCAAUAAAAGCACAACCCCACAGUCUCCUAUGGAAGGGAGGGAUAAGAAGUUACUUAGGAGUGGUGGUCCAGAUACCUUCACAAGCUUCCCCACUCAAGGGAAGUUACCGGAACCCAAUAAUCCUGGUGAUCUUACAGUGACCUCAAGAGGGUUAACAGACUUGGAGAUUGGCAUGUAUGCCCUGCUCUGUGUCUUCUGCCUGGCCAUUCUGGUCUUCUUAAUCAACUGUGUGGCAUUCGCUUGGAAAUAUAGACACAAAAGGUUUGCUGUGAGUGAGCAAGGCAGCAUCCCCCAUUCCCAUGACUGGGUCUGGCUGGGGAAUGAAGUGGAACUUCUGGAGAACCCCGUUGACAUCACACUCCCAUCAGAGGAGUGCACCACCAUGAUAGACAGGGGGCUGCAGUUUGAGGAGAGGAACUUCCUUCUGAAUGGCAGCUCCCAGAAGACUUUCCAUAGUCAACUGCUCAGACCUUCUGACUAUGUCUAUGAGAAAGAAGUUAAAAAUGAACCUAUCAGUUCUUCGGGCCCAAAGAGGAAGCGAGUCAAGUUUACUUCCUACACCACCAUCCUCCCAGAGGACGGCGGCCCCUACACCAACUCCAUCCUGUUUGACAGUGAUGACAACAUCAAGUGGGUCUGCCAAGAUAUGGGGCUGGGGGACUCGCAGGACUUUAGAGACUAUAUGGAAAGACUGCAAGACCAGAUGUAA